AUGCCUCCGAAGCGCUCGUCCAAAUCCAAAAGUCCGAGCCCCCGGAAAGCUUCCCCAGGAAAGAAAAGCAGCCCGGACGCGGGCACCAAGGCCGCUGAGAUCGGCAAACGUAAGCGCGAGGAAUCCAAGAAUACCGACGAUAAUUCUAAUGUAGGCAUCUGCGAGCUGCUGAUGGAGUUGGCUGAAUACGAGAAAGUUGCCAGCGGCGAGCAGUAUAAAUACCUCGCGUACCGUAAAGCAGCGCAGACGCUGGCUGAACAGAAAACCCGUAUCAAAAGUGGCGCUGAAGCGCAGAAGCUGCCAGGAAUUGGGGAAAGCAUUGCAGGCAAGAUUGAUGAGUUUCUGAAGACGGGCAAGAUGGAAAAAGUAAAGGAGGCUCGCGACGACGACACAGCCAAGAUACUGGCGGAUUUGGCGCGGGUGCCCGGGAUUGGCCAUGCUCGGGCCAAGGAACUGUACGAUCAAGGCAUUAGAAGCAUCGAGGAUCUCAAGAAGCAUCCGGACCUUCUGCCCGAACAACUGCAGAAGCCCGUAAAGAAUUUGGACGCUAUUGAGUCUCCCAUAAACAAACAACAGGCGGACAAAAUCAAGAAGUAUCUGGAACAGCAACUAAAGGUACGCUUUAAUGUCAAUUUGCCAUGCCUGCAUUUUUUAAAACAUGGUUAUCUGAAACUACUGCAAAUUUGA